GUUUAAAGAAUUUGGAUUAGUUUCCCUCCUUGCUAUAAAUAUUAACACAUUUUAUGUCAUCUUAAAUAUUAAUAAUCUUGUCAAAUAUAUUAAACAAAAUAAUCGCAGUUUUUUGACGCUUUCAUGUUUAGCUUUGUUUAUUGUUUAUCUGGAAUGCCUAAUGCGUGUUAUUAUAUGAAUGAUUCGGAGCGAAAUCUUCUACAUGCUACAGAUGAGUGUACAGGAUCUUUACUUUCAGGCGAAUCUGGAGAUGACCCCAAAGAAUUUAAGCUAAAAUUAGUCUCAGCUGAUGAUGAUGACGAUUACCAGGAAGGUGCUCAGGCGAUGAUGAACCAUUCCCAGGAAAAUGGAAUGGCAAAUGAAAUAUCAGCGCCUUAUGAGUUGCCCCAUUUUCCAAUUGAGGUCUAUGAAUCAAGAAAAGUCAUCCAAAAGAAAUUAUGCCCUAGGGUACAAAAAGAUUUUGAAGAUAAGAAAAGCAUUCUAGGAACUGAACCUGAUGAGGAUUUCAUUUCUCAAAUUAAUGAACAUGAUUUUGUUCCUCACUAUCAGAGAGUUGCUGUUAGCGGUGAAGAUACUUCAGGGGUUCCGUUAGACGAUCUUCGUCAAGCUGGACAAUUGAUACAGCAAGCUUUAAAGCUAAGACAACAAUAUAUGAUAUAUGCUAAGCAAUCAUUUCCCAUUGUGACUAGUAAAUUCUUGAAGCCACAAGCUGCUGAUUUUAUGCAUACACCAACUGACUGUCCCUAUGCAAAAGACAUAGGUGAAAAUGUUGAUCCCUGGAAAAAAGAAUUUCCUCCUGAUUUAAAUUAUGUAUUGAACAUGGAGGAAGGUGUUGUUCAAGUGUAUAGAACAAAAGAAGAUGUGGAAGAUGGAAGGAGACUUGAUUAUCCAUUCCCAUCUCUUCAAACAUUUGUGACUGAUAUGACACUUCUCUGUGCCAUGAUCACUGAUGGCCCUUUGAAAUCAUUUUGCUACAGACGCUUAAGUUAUUUGAAUUUAAAAUACCAGCUUCAUGUUCUCCUUAAUGAGAUGACUGAACUUACAGCACAGAAAUCAGUUCCUCACAGAGAUUUCUAUAACAUUCGAAAAGUUGAUACUCAUGUUCAUGCUGCUUCUUGUAUGAAUCAGAAACAUUUACUGCGUUUUAUAAAAAGAGCUAUGAAGAAAUGUGCUGGAGAAACUGUGUGUAUAUCAAACGGUGUACCCCAAACAUUGAAACAGUGGAUGAAAUCUGUACCAAGCGUCACAGAAAUCAUGAGUUCUCAAGUAUUUGAAUCAUUAAAUCUAACAGCUUAUGACUUAAGCGUUGAUGUUCUAGAUGUGCAUGCAGAUCGAAAUACUUUCCAUAGGUUUGAUAAAUUUAAUGCCAAAUAUAAUCCUAUUGGAGAAAGUCGAUUGAGAGAAAUAUUUCUAAAAACUGAUAAUUUCAUUGAAGGAAAAUAUUUUGCCCACAUCCUGAAAGAAGUUAUGAGUGAUUUAGAAGAAAGUAAAUAUCAAAAUGCGGAAUUCCGUCUUUCUAUAUAUGGUCGUAAGAAAGAUGAAUGGGAUAAACUUGCUCGAUGGGCCAUAAAACACAAUGUGCAUUCAAAUAACAACCGAUGGCUUAUUCAGAUUCCUAGAUUAUAUGACAUCUUUAAGUCGAACAAGUUAGUGAAUAACUUUCAAGAAAUAUUAGAUAAUAUAUUCAUGCCUUUGUUUGAAGCCACUAACAAUCCAAGUAGUCACCCUGAACUCCACUUAUUCCUCAAAUAUGUAACAGGUUUUGAUUCAGUUGAUGAUGAAUCCAAACCAGAAAAUCCUAUGUUUGAUAAGGAUGUGACUCAUCCAUCUUCUUGGAAAGAUGUGGAGAAUCCACCAUAUAAUUAUUACCUGUAUUAUAUGUAUGCUAAUAUGUGUGUUCUCAAUUGUUUAAGAAAGGAACGAAAACUUAAUACGUUUGUAUUGAGACCUCAUUGUGGUGAAGCAGGUCCUGUACAGCAUUUGGUUGGAGGUUUUCUUUUAAGCGAAAAUAUAUCUCAUGGUUUAAUACUUAGAAAGGUACCGGUGCUACAGUAUUUAUACUAUCUGUCUCAAAUAGGAAUAGCUAUGUCUCCCCUGAGUAAUAACUCGCUCUUCCUCAAUUAUCAUCGAAAUCCUUUGCCAGAAUACUUAAGUAGAGGACUUUGUGUAUCGUUAUCCACUGAUGAUCCACUGCAAUUUCAUUUCACCAAAGAGCCUUUGAUGGAAGAAUAUAGUAUUGCUGCUCAAGUCUGGAAACUAAGUAGCUGUGAUAUGUGCGAAUUAGCAAGAAAUAGUGUCCUCAUGAGUGGCUUUCCACUAUCUGUUAAAAAACACUGGCUUGGUAAUAACUGCAUGAAAGAAGGAAUUGCAGGUAAUGAUAUUACUCGUACUAAUGUACCAGACAUCCGAGUAGCAUACAGAGCUGAAACUUUAUUAGAGGAACUCUCUACUAUUUUCAGUGCAUUGAAUACUGGUGUGUCAACACCUGUCUCGCCUGCACCCAUAAAAUAAUUAUUUUUAGUCCACAAAGCCCAGUUUAUUUCUUUACUCUAUAUAUUUAAAUUAAUUUUUGCCUUUAAAAGUACUUAGGAUUUUUUAUAUAAUAUAAAUAAAUUUAUAUAGUGGAUGGAAAGACGCUUUGAAAUAUAAGCAAUACUUAUUUGUUGCUUAAUUUGCUUAUGUUGUCUUUUUUUUUAAAGUUUGAGUGAUCUCAACUAUUUCCUUAUUUAAAUUUUUAGCUUUAUGUA